UGCACAGACUUUAAUGCAGCAGCAGCUCAGCCCAGGACGCAGUGCGCCCUACAGUCCGCAGCCAAAUCAAGUCUAUGUGGCGCAGUUUGCUCAAAAUGCGCAGCGAUUGUCGCCACAGCAGCAGCAGACGACGCAGCAGCAACAACAGUUGGCCUACCUGCAACAGCAGCAGCAGGCUGGUGAUGGUGGACGUUCUAAUACGCCGUUUGGCAGCGGCUCCGGCCUGCAGUCGCCUGGCAUGCAGAACAGCCCGCAGCAGUGGCCCUCGGCCGGCGGCAAUUCGGGGCCGGGCGGUGCUGGCGGUGGUGCUGUUGGCGGACCGGGCGGGCCGCUGCCAGCCGGCAAUGCUGGACGCUCACUGCAGCAGCACAAUAAUCCCUUGCUCAUUGCGCAGCUGCAGAGCAACUAUCCUGCGCGUCAGUAUCAGCAGCAGCAGCAACAGCAGCAGCAGCAGAACCAGCAACGACGCGGCCUCAACUCGCCCGGCGCCGUCGGACCCGUUGGCAGCAAUGCUGCUGCAGUGGCGGCGGCGGCGGCAUUGCAGCGGCAGAACUCCUUUCAGGCUCAGGCUGGCGGCGGCGGAAGCACACCCGACGGCAGCAGCGGACCGGGCGUGGGUCUAAACUUUGGCGGCGGCCCGCAAUCGCCCUACGGUAACAGUGCAGCGGUCAAUGCGUUCCAGCAACAGCAGUUGCAACGGCUCCAGCGGCAGGCGAGCGUGCCGCAAGCCACACAGCAUUUGCCAGGCUCAACGCGUUUCGGUUUGUCGCCAGGCAACAACCACAACAACAACAACAACAGUGGCAACAACAACAGCAGCAACCACAAUGAUAAUGGGGCUGCCGCCGCCAGCCAACAACAACAGCAACAACACCAACACCAGCAGCAACAGCAACAACUAAUGAACGGACUGAACAUGUCCCCCCAUCCGGCCAUGAUGGGCGUGGGCGGAAUGGGCAGUGGCGGUGGCAACGGCAUCAUUGGGCUGGGUGGUGGCGGCGGCGGUGGCGUUGGCGGCGGUGGUUAUGCAGCACUCGCUGCGUACGGUCAGGCGCAGCAGGCGAAUGAUUUCUAUGGUCGAGCGCAGACCGCUGGCAAUGGGGGCGGCGGCGUCGGUGGAGGCGUGACUGGCGGAAAUGUCAACUCGGACUUUGUCAAGCAGGAGCUGCGCGCCGUUGUCAGUGUGCGCGCUCAUCAGGCGGCGGCGGCUGCGACGGGUGGCGGUGUGGGCGUUGGCGUUGGCGUAGGCGGUGCGGGCGUGGCGCAGCGGGGUCAGACACCGCAGAGUCCGUUGCAGCAGGGACCAAUGAUUGGAGGCGGCGGCGGUAGCGGCAAUAGUACAAAUUCCAUGGGCAAUGCCACGCCCACAGGCAGCGGCAGCAGCGGUAAUCCAAUGCUCAAUACGCCGCCAGACCCAACGCUGGGCUUCAGCUUCGAGACGCCGGACUUCUUCACAAGCAGCGCAUCGAGGUGACCCUAAGGCACCUAAACCGCAAUUCCAGGACUCAAGAACAACAACAACAACAGCAACAACAACAACUUCUAAAUAACAACCACAACAACAGCAACAAUUUAUGUUCUUCAAACGCAUUUAAGGCUCUCAGAAUGUUUUCCCUUUAAAAGUGAAAAAAGAAAACUAAAUAAAUUAA